UAUUCACAAAGAGUAGUGUCGUUGUAUUAAAAGGAACCAUCUGUACCAGAAACAAUGGCUUCAAAUUGUCGUUGAAUGCCCGCGGAAAAAUAUAAAGCGUUUUCUUCUUGUAAUCUAUGGCGAGGGUAUAAAGCGGACUUCGUAGCUGACUUUUGGUUUUUGUGGAUGCAUUCCUCAGAUCCUUCUCUUUACUGAUUCCGUUGCCACAAACGGAUUCUCCUGUUCCUAUGCUAGACCGAGAAAUGUACAUGGAAGAGCGCCUGCAUUAUUGCACAUUAACGAAGUUGCUGCACUCUUUCGAAGGCGGAAAUUUUAAUGGUAACGAAGAAUACUACAAUCUGGACCGACGGGAAAGAGAGCCAUGGCAGGAUGUGCCUGGCAAAAGUUGGAUAGAUUCAGAAAAUGUUCUUGUCAAUCAGCUUAUGAUGGAGACUGUAUCCUAUCAGGGACGUAAGUAUACAUGCGGGAUAGUAACUAGGCAUGCGACCCCUUUGCGUCUCCAUGUACUUGAAGCAGGUCGAAGUUUGCGUGGGCUUGAGAAUGAGAUUCAUUAGUUUUCCGUGUUAUCAUUGUCCUUCAACGGCGACGUUUAGCGCGUCUACUGCAAAUUACAGAUAAGCAAAUAUAUAAACGUAGCCUAUACCAAAACUAUACAAGUUAUGUGUUGCAGUAUUUUUCAAUAUGGCAUAAAACUCAAAAUGCAGGAAAUCGAAUUGUAGCUAUAAAAUACUACGCAGAGUUUUUAAAAAAAUUCCUAAGUUACCGGUCCGCAUUACUACAUGUUUAAAAUAUAGAGCAACUUAACGUCCCCACACGGUAAAUUAAUGUAAUUGCAUUCAUUUAUGCCUAGAGGUGCUGCGGUGUACAAGCUGCGUUACCCACCUAUAGGUUAAUAAAUUAAUAGGUCGUACCGUAAACUUUACUUUUAUUAUAAUCUGAGGAUUUUCACAAUGUUGUGCUCGGGCACUCACGUGUGCGACGUGCAGCUUGCUUCAAUAAACUUAUUUCGGCUGUGCCAAUAUGUUUGCAAUUUGCUUUUGUACUUGUAGUUUUCAUAAGCUGUUUAUUGGUUUAAAUUGUGUGUUAAUAACGGUGGUAUAAUGCCUCACAAGUACUUAACUUUAUGGACAAACAUUUUUGAGUGGCUUCCAAAGAAAAUGUGAUUAAUAGGAGCAAUAAUUGUGAAAUGUGAUAACUGACAUUAGGUUAAUUGACAAGCAACUAAAACCAUAGAUUACUGGUUCGAUACCUCUGAAAGUUUUAAAUUGUAAUAAACAAUAUUUCAUCUUCAUAAAUGCAAGUGCAUUUAAACGACAAUGUUAAUCUAUUUGCAGACGACUAUAAAAUGAGUAUUUAAUUACGUUCGCGCAUACACGAAAGCGUAUUUAUGGGACUGCUAUUAUGCAAUUAUAUAAUUUAUAAAGUUUAUAUUACUCAACUAGUAUUAAUUUAUUUGAUAUUAUUUAUGGUGUAAGAGAAUGUAUUGUUGGGUUGGUACUUCCCAAAUUGUUUCAAACUAUUUUUUUUUUAUUUCCCUUAAUGACCUGCACCUGGCGUUUUCUGAUUGUCACCUGUUCGGCCCCUAGUGGGCGAAUCCAAGGGUACAAGCCCAUGGUUUUCAAAGUAUGAAACUGCUGGUAUUUGAAAACAAACUACCCCGAAAACGGUGAUUACAGGAGUACAUUUCAUAUACAGACUCGCUAGGUGUCUUUUAUAUUUAACUGUCAGCUUUUUUAAAAUUUAGCGUUUAUAGUUCAACAGAUUGCAGAGGAAUUAUAUUCCAACUUGCAAAAAGUUAAACAUGCAAUUUUUAUAAGAAUAUGAGUAACACAAUACUCUGUGAUGUCUGUAAUGUUCCCGGGGAAAUGCUUUUCAAUAUAAAUUAUUUAUUAUACAAGCGCCUUGAAUGCUUACGUUGUACAUAUAAAUACAAAAAUCUACAAAAAAAAACUCUAAAAGUGCAACUCAGCACCUACUAGAAUAUCUGCGCCAAAACGCCUUGUCAUGUUUGAGAUAUUUAAUUUUACAUUACGAUUUCUUACAUAUAAUGAGCGCAUUAAUCAUGUACGUCUGUCGUGGCUGUUGGUGAUUAAACACUGUUUCUUUAAACGCCAUUGGUCGUCAAAAUGUAUUCUGCUUAGCAAUACGAAAAAAAAUCCAUUUAACAAGAACAUUCUUCGAGGGUCUGAAGGAUCCCCACGGCUCCUCUACAUUUCCAUAAGAAGAUUAAGGAGUGGAAGGGAAAGCACUCAAAUGCAGAUGUGGAAAGAAAAGCGAUUUAACAAGCAUCAUGAUAAUCCGAUAUUUGGCUAUUUCUCGUUGAAUUAUACUGAAAUUGUAAACGUAAUCUUGAUACAUAAUUUUAAAUUAAAUGCAAUAAAAUGAAUCAGAAAUGCGCGCCCGUUGCGCGUGACUGAUGUGUGUUUUAAAUAGCAUUAGGCCUAUACCGUUUUUUAUGUAUUUAAAAGACAAAAUUUGUUAUCUUUAAAUUCCCGAAUAAAAUAUUUUUCCGGUGUAAAGCGAAGUUCUUAAAAUAAGGUUCGCUUACGUUUUACUGCAUAUAUGUAGGCCUAUCUUACAUGGUAAAUUAUAGAAACAGCACAACAACAUUUCAUAUGUUCGAGUUAAAUAUCCGAGACAAUCUAUCAUAGCAGAAAAUUAUUGUCUAUUAAAAACAACUUACAGUGACAUUGCUAUUAAUCCGCUGACGGCAUCUGUUUGGCGUAAAUUGAUAAUUUUAUGAUUCUUCUGUAAAUGUUAUACAUGUCAUUUUAUAUCACAAAGCCCGUUUAAAACCUAAUGUUCUUUACAUAAUCGCAAUUAGUGUGUAUUUAAAAUAAAAUAAAUAUGCUAUAAAUACAUAAACCAUACCAAAUGAGAACUGAACUAUUUAUAAAACCUCGAAAUCCGAUAAAUAUAUAGGCUACUUAUUUUUUUAUGGGAAGAUUAUAAUUGUCUAGUGUAUCGUUGCGGAUUUCUGUUUCGUCCCAGUUAAGAUAAAAAUUAUUUUCGUUAACAAUAGUUAGCCAGUAGACGGCGCUAUUUGUUCAUAACAGUUUUACAUUACCAGCCGGAGUCUAUUCUCUGUAGCUCUAUAGCUCUUUAAACUGUGUAGUCCGUCCGAGUGGUACUGCUGACAUAUCUAAGUUCAGUACAGUGCAGACCUGAUACACAAUUUGAGAAAUCUUGGAUUGUCAUUUUUGUGGAGCAGGAAUUGUUCAGAAAUGCCUUAAAUUUGUAUGUUUUGAAGUUAUCCGAAGUAAAUUGUUUGUUAGUUCUAUUAGACUAUUUAAAUCAUGUUCUCUCAGUCUAAAGACGGACUGAGAAAGUCCUUGACAGUUAACCGCCUUUUUUACUUGCGUUCUGGUACAUUUAAGUAGGCCUAACCAAGACUGUAUACAAUGUAGAAAAGCACAACAUGAUCUUUUAUUCCGUGUUAUGAAGGACGUUUCUGUCAGAGCUUCUGUCAUGCGUCUUGUCUUAAUUUAUACAGGCCUUUUUUUAACUUUAUUAACUAUUUCAAAAUUAGAAAGCUACCCUAUAUUUUCCUAACAAGUGAUAUUUUUGGGGGUAAUGUUAUGUGCAUAAUCAGUUCCAGUGGAACCUAAAAGUUCAAGUUGCAUGAAGAUAAUUACUACUGAAUUUUAAAAUGUACCAGAAUUAAUCAUGAAUAACGCAAUAAAGAUGAAUUACCGGCGCUUUCACAUUGUACGUUCUUUAUUAGACACAGGAGCAAAAUUCGUUGUUUCCUCUUGAUGAAUAGUUACAUUUAUUAUUUUAAAAGUUUAAUUAACUGAAACAGUAAACAUACAUAGCAAAAGUUAUUGUAUAAAUCAAACCUUUUCAUUAAAAAUAUAACUUUUAUGUAAAUAAUUUGCGUAUAAGAAACCGACAUGGAGCAUACCAAAACUUCUCCUUGUAAAACUUUAGGUAUUUUUGAAUAUAUUUAUAUAUAUAUAUGUAUAUAUAUUAAACAGAUAGUUGCAGUUCCUUCUCCAAACGCCUUUGCCCUCCAUCACGGCGAGAAAAGUAAGCGCUGUAUUCGAGCUCAGAAGUGGAACUUGUGUAAAAUUUAAAAGGUAUGUAUUUUAUAUGGUUUGAGCGGGAAGCAAUUUUGCAGCGUCCCAGCACUUAAAAUUUUCGUUAGUUUAACACUUGCUACAUCAAUAAAUAUGAGGGAAUAAAUAUGUGACUGCAUUGGCUGACUUUAAAACAGCGUCUGCCUGGCGGUGUUGCCGAUGACCGCGAGUAACCCCGCCCCUUUAUGCUAAUAAAAGGCACAAUCCUAACCGAGGGAGCAGUCGCUCUGUGAUUGGUCAAGUAAAACCCAUUUAUUCCCUGACAGCCCUCAUCACAUGAAUGGUUGUCUAUUAACUUGUUCAAAAAGUAUCUGGAGUUGUCAAGACUCCUCUGAAAAGGGAAAAGUAGUUUGUUGAUUCCAAAACACCAAGAGAGAAGUUAGUGGACACAACAGGACCGGUUCUGAGAAGGGAAAACUCUUUGCCAUUCCAGAAAAGUUACUGAAAAUUAAGGUAACAACGCCGAACGAUCCACGGUUUGGACUUUCUUUCUCCGGUGAAGCAGGUUGCACAGAAUUCGCGUGAAUGUACAGCAUGAUGGAAACCGAUCUCAAGCCCCCCGCCCCUCAGACAAAUUCCGGGGGUACGGGUAAUUCUAAUUCCUCUGGAAACAACCAGAAAAACAGUCCGGACCGAGUCAAAAGACCCAUGAAUGCUUUUAUGGUUUGGUCACGAGGGCAGCGAAGAAAAAUGGCACAAGAAAAUCCCAAAAUGCACAAUUCGGAGAUUAGCAAGAGACUUGGGGCAGAGUGGAAACUUUUAUCUGAGAGCGAGAAGCGACCGUUCAUCGACGAAGCCAAGCGCCUCCGUGCCCUGCACAUGAAGGAGCACCCGGAUUACAAAUACCGGCCCAGGCGAAAAACCAAGACACUGAUGAAGAAGGACAAAUACACCCUACCAGGUGGGAUUCUUGCCCCGGGAGGUAAUGCUAUGAGCGCCGGGGUAGGUGUGGGGGCUGGCUUGGGUGCUGGGGUCAAUCAGAGGAUGGACAGCUAUGCGCAUAUGAAUGGCUGGACCAACGGCGGCUAUGGUAUGAUGCAGGAGCAGCUUGGCUACCCGCAGCACCCCGGGUUGAACGCUCACAACACGGCGCAAAUGCAACCCAUGCAUCGCUAUGAUAUGAGCGCGCUCCAGUACAACUCAAUGACCAGCUCGCAGACGUACAUGAACGGAUCGCCCACGUAUAGCAUGUCCUACUCCCAGCAGAGUACCCCGGGAAUGACGCUUGGUUCCAUGGGUUCUGUGGUCAAGUCAGAGUCCAGUUCGAGCCCACCGGUGGUCACAUCUACCACUCAUUCGAGGGCUCCUCCUUGUCAGACCGGAGACCUUCGGGACAUGAUCAGUAUGUACUUACCGGGGGCUGAAGUGCCAGAACAAACGGCCCAGAGCAGACUGCACAUGCCCCAGCAUUACCAGACCGCACCAGUACCCGGUACAGCAAUUAAUGGCACGCUCCCAUUGUCGCAUAUGUAGGUUAAAGUUUAUUACAGAAACUGGACUAUUUUUGUACAGAACAUUUUGGGUUGGGGAAAGCUGUACAGAACUCAAGGAAAGAACACAAACUUUUUCUUUUUUAUUUUCCAGGAAAUGUUCUAGUGGAACGCUAAAUGUCUAUCGAUUAAAUGUUUUAUUAUUCCGAGCAACUUUUGUACAGUAUUUAUCAGACAUAUAGCAAAUGAAAAUACCUAAUGUUCGUAGAUGAAAAAAAAAGUUGUUGCAUUUCAAAUGUGGAAAUCGCAGAGCAUUUGUUUGAGUUCAGUUUCGUUUGAAUAUCGCAAAACUUACAAAGGGAAAAAAAAGUUUAAAGAAUCAGGUAAAAAGUGUAUCCUUAACGGUUUAUGGCAAACUAAACAGUUUUAAUUUUUGCAUAUAUGAAAGGACAGACAGUUACACGAAUUGUUAAUUUAUAUUUUCGUCCCCUGUUUUUCAUUUCUUAUAUAAUAAGUUUGUGUUCUUUAUUUCUCAUGGUUUGUAAUAUUUCUGUAAAUUUAUUGUGAUAUUUAGUUUUAUUUUUCAAUUUUAAGUUCUGUAGUUGUAUUUUAAAAUUCGGCACUGUUUAGGACAGUCGCCCACCUCCAUGUACAUAUAUAUUUGAACUAAUAUCAUCUUUAUAACAGUUACGGUUCAGUUUUUUUCAAUAUGCAGAGUUUGAAAAUAAUAAAUUUUUGAAAUUUGGAUACAC